AUGUCUGCUCCUCAACAAGGCGGUGCUCCUCAGCAGGACGCUCUCGACAAGGCUGUCCAGAUGGGCUCCAAGAAGGCUGGUCACGAGCAGAACGCCGGCACCACCGAGAAGAUCUCGGACGGCAUCCGAUCCGGCUUCAAGAAGCUCACCGGCAAGGACGUCCCCAUCAAGGACAAGCAGUAA